AUGCCUGCUCCGGUCUACCCACAGCCUCUUCUGCAGGCACUUAUUCGGCUGCAGAUAAUCGGCCGCGGGGCAGCGAAGUGGAGGGAACAGAAUGGCUACUUCUCUUUCAAACUCCAAUUCAUUCACGAUAAUAACGCUCUACCCAAAAUGUCUAUAACAAUCCCGGGAUCUCUCGUAAAUAAGACAAAGAAGCACUUCAUGGGCAUGCCAGCACCGGCGGGCUACGUUCCUGGCGUUGGGAGAGGUGCCACUGGAUUCACAACUCGAUCAGAUAUUGGUCCCGCGAGAGAAGCGACUGAUGUUCCAGAAACUGGAACGGGACCUCCAUCUAAGAAACCCAAGGAGGAGGCAGCUAAAGAGGACAACGAGGAGUCUCUCAAUGACAACAAUUAUGAUGAGUUCGAAGGAUACGCUGGAAGUUUAUUCGCAAAAGAUCCUUACGACAAGGAAGAUGAAGAAGCAGAUGAAGUUUAUUUGGCUGUUGAAACGAGGAUUGAUGAACGACGGAAAGACUACAGGGAGAAGAAGUACAAGGAGGCAAUUGAGAAGUACCGUAAAGAAAGGCCAAAAAUCCAACAAGAAUUUUCCGAUUUGAAGAGGCAAUUGAGUGAGGUAACUGAGGAUGAGUGGGUUGCUAUACCAGAAGUUGGUGACUCCAGAAACAAAGCGAAACGAAAUCCUAGGACUGAAAAGUUCACUCCUGUCCCUGAUUCCGUCAUUGCAAUGUCCAUGAACUACGGUGAAACGACUUCGAUGCUUGAUAGUCGGGUUCAGUCGGGAAUGACAACACCAUUCGGGUCUGGUUUCCAAAGCACUUUCGGUGGUAUGCAGUCGUCUUUGGAAGUUGAAAACGAUCUCAUCCGUCUCACCGAACUCUUGGCGCCAAACGAACGCCAAAGGAAAAACAAAUAA